AUGGCGGCGAUUAUCCGGUGCUGCUCCUCCUUUUCCGAUACCUCCCGCGGCGACAAAUCUCGAGUUCCAGAGACUGGGAAGUUAGCUAAAUCAUUUGGUUGCUCCUUAGUCACAACACCUGGGGCUUAUCAUCCUAUCUCCAUGAUCAAACCUUUGUCUACCAACAACCCCAAGGAGCGUGAAAGCAAGGGAAUCUUACAGACAACACGUGGCAGCGUGGAAACUUUUGACAAGUUGUCAGCUUUUCAGGGAAUUGGGAGGCUCAAAUUACCGGUGAUGCCAGUGUUGUUGACAAACUCGAUUUUGAUGUGUACACCACUUGAAGCUUUAGCUGCUGAAGUUUGUGAGCCAGAGAACUCCAUGUUCAGCAUGCCAAUUUUGUCGCUUGUAGCUCUUGUUGGAGCCACUGUUGGAGGUAGGUUGCUUGCUCGGCAGAGGAGAGGGGAGUUACAGAGGCUAAAUGAACAGCUACGGCAGAUCAACGCAGCUCUUAGGAGACAAGCGAAAAUCGAGUCCUAUGCACCAGGUUUAAGUUAUGCACCAGUAGGAGCAAGAGUCCCAGAGAGUGAGGUCAUCAUGGAACCAAAGAAACAUGAGUUGAUCUCCAAGUUGAAAACAGGAAAGACCUUUCUGAGGAGUCAAGAGCCAGAGAAAGCUUUUGAAGAGUUCAAGACAGCUUUGGAACUUGCCCAGAAUCUCAGAGACCCCAUCGAAGAAAAGAAGGCUGCUAGAGGCUUAGGCGCUUCGCUGCAACGUCAAGGGAAGUACAGAGAAGCCAUACAGUAUCACAACAUGGUUUUAGCUAUCUCAAAGAGGGAAGGAGAAGAUUCUGGAAGCACUGAAGCGUAUGGAGCUAUCGCAGAUUGUUACACUGAACUGGGAGAUCUCGAGAAAGCUGGUAAGUAUUAUGACAGUUACAUUGCUCGGUUAGAGACAGAUUGA